AUGACUGGUCGGGUGCCCGCUGAUGAUGUUCUGAACAACGCUGUGGGCGACAAGUACUUCAGUCUGAAGAGUACCUACUUUGGCCUGCCUGAGGAGCGGCUCUCUUCGGGGCUCCAGGGCAGGAUGGAGGGCGUUUUUGCGCCCGCGCUAUCGUCGAUGGCGCUCGCGCAGAAUAGCGUGCUAGCCAACCAGCCCGACCAAGUCGCGCGGUGUCUAGAGAGCGUGGCGGCACGUAUCGUAAAGUGCGCCCACGUCUUCGACGCCAUGACUCCACGCGAUACUGCGAACUUUGACCCUGUCGUCUGGAUAAAGACCUAUCCCGCUAUGGGUCGCGCGGUGACGUCCGGAGAGUUGGGAAACAGUGGCGUCGAUGCACCGCUAUUCCAUGCGCUGGACGUCUUUAUCGGUCGCCAACAGGUCAAGGGUGAUUUGAGAGGGAUGCAGAGCGACCGACGGGCCACGCUACCGACCAAUAUUCGCGCCUUCUUGGAUGCCCUUGGGGAUGACGCCGGAAGCGUCAGAGAUUACGUCGCCGCUGCCCGUGCCCAGCUAGAACAUGUUCCCUCCGAAGAGCAGGCGCAGUACAAACAUCUCUCCGCGGCCUGGGAUGGGCUUUUGCAAUUGUACGUCUGGUUUCUCGAACGGCACCGCGUCAAGGCCGUUGGCAUCACGGGCGUAACCCUGAAUACGGGGCGACAUUCGACCAGCAGCGGCGUCAAGAGCGGCGACCAAGACAAAGCCAUGAAAGAUGGAAAACCAAAGAUGCGCCCCGAGGCCAUGCUUAGCAUGCAGAUGAAGAAGGGCAUGGUUUCACGACUGGGCGGUCGCCCCCUAUGGCAGGAUGCGCAUGUGCAGUCGCACAGCGUCUAUCGCGGAAGCGUGGUGGUGGCCGUGAAGUUGGAUGCAACUUUGCCGCUCGAGCCAGGUGAUCGAGUCCAAAUCUGGCCGCCGAGAAAGAGAAAGACGCUGAACAGAGCAUCCUCACACCAUCGACGGUUGCGAGGCUCACCUUGCCCAGAAGAUUAUGAUACCUCGUCAGGCGAGAGCGAUGAUGAUGGCGAGCCGAGGUUCUACUCCAUCGCCCGUGUCAUCCCAAACGUUUCCAGUACAGCGAUGGAUUCUGUAGGAGGAGCAGGAGGCAUGACCAUCAUUCUGACAGUCGCUCAACACUCGCCCGAGGGGCUGGUAUCCUCGUUCCUCAGCAGCGCUGCGCCAGGCACACAUCUGCGCCUUCGGCCUUGGCCUUCUCCCCGAUUCCGCCAGCCCCGCGACCUAGCCGUGCCGCUGGUUCUUGUUGGCCAGGGUGUGGGUAUCGGCCCCUUGGUUGGCUUUCUGCACGACCGCGCCACAAAGAAACAGCGCCUCGAUGAUACCCAAAACGAAAGCGCCGGGGAGGGAGAGCUGCUCCUUGUGGUGGCUGCCAAAACACUUCGCCACGUCCCCUGUUCACUCGACAGCCUGGAGGAACUUACCAGUAGGCUGCCACUGACCAUAGUCUUGGCUCUCAGCCAGGAGACUCAUCUGAAGAUCCGUGGCGGAAUCUGGACAAAGCUCCCCCAAGGGGGCCGACGUGUGACGCGUCAUUUGACAGACUAUCGAGACUUUAUCCAGCGUCUUGUGAAGGAGAAAAAAGGUCAUGUCUUUGUCUGCGGUAGCUCUGACUUUGGGGUUACGGUGAUGAAUACUCUUGGACUGGGUCAGUUGCCACAGCAGCAGCAGCAGCAUCAAGAAGGCCCCCAACCACAACAAGCAAAUGACGGACCCGACGAUGGCAGCCCUGUUCACAUACCCUCACCUCCCCCGCAUUGGAAUCAGUUGCACCAAGACCUCUUCACCAUGGUCAAAAAACCAAACCGCUCAACACCCUCCUGCUCACCCACCGCAUGCCGUUCGGCCUCGUCAAGUGGUCCUAAAGGUCCCAUUAUCAGCCUCUCAAAACUUGCAGCCCAUAACUCUGUCAAAUCAUGCUGGAUCGCCAUCGGCGGAACAGUAUACGACAUGACACCUUUCCUGGCAUUUCAUCCUGGCGGCCCGAAAACGCUUCUUGAGUCAGCAGGCACCAUUGCAGACGAACGGUUUGCUGAAACACACGGCGGCCCGCAUGCCCAGGAAAUCAGGGGCUAUCUCGAGAGGCACGCAAUCGGGCGUCUGUCUACAGCUACCACGGAACUUGGCAGGCAAACGACUACGGCAAAACUCGUCAAAGCCCUGGUGAGAAUGCAAAACGCGCUCACCAACAACACUGCUUUUGACGCAGGCCGUGGAUCAGUACCCACAUACGCGUACGAGGAUUCCUUGCUCGUAUUCGCCGACGGCCUGGACGGCUUGAUAUGCAGUUUAUCGGACUUCGGCACUGAUAAGAGUGCCUCGGAGUUGAGAGAAACCAUUUCAAACACCCAGGCGUCACUCAGAAACGCUUUCAAGGCCCUGAAAGACGGGUCCAAGCGUUUUUUAAUGGCUGCUGGCACGAAGGGCGCCUCUGCCUCAUCCUCAACCCUGCUGGACGAGAGCGAGGCGUUGAUCCAAAGGCUGCACAGAAAGCCCAUCGAAAAGUUACAUGCGGCUGUGAAUGCUUGCAAGAAGGGUAUCAGUGAGGCUGAGGUUGGGAUGAAUGACGACAGCAGUGCCAAGUUAUAA